UCGUACAUACUAACAAGCUGCUUGUGUCCGUUGAGUAAUUGUAAUGCUUAGAUUGGUUGCUAUUCGAGGAGAUGGCUGGGGGUAGUUCUGUAAAUUCGGGUUUACCCUUUUAGGUUUUCCUUAUAAGAAGAGUUGCUGGCGCAUGGUGGUUACCAUUAUUGCGUUCAAGUGGGCUUUCCUCUUUCAUCUCUCUUCCUCCUCCUGUCCUCUCUCCGUCCCUCGUUCUUCCACUUUCAGCUCUUCCUUUCUUUCCCGGAAAAUUAUAAGUGGUUCGGUUUAUUUUAUAUAUAUAGCAGAAAUGGAGAAAGCAAACACGACGUCGGGGCUACCAAGGACGAAGUCGGACCAGCUUGUGGAGACGGUAAUUGCGGGGAUGAAGUCGCCGGCUUCGGGUGAGGUGGUGCCGGAGAGCGGCGGAACCCUGUCGAGGAAGUCCAGCCGGCGGUCGCUGCUGUCGGCGGUGUCGCCGGGGAGGAACAGCGGCGGCGGUGGCAAGAACACGCACAUUAGGAAGUCGAGAAGCGCCCAGAUGAAGAUUGAGUUGGACGACCUGAGCAGCGGCGCAGCCCUGAGCCGCGCUUCCAGUGCCAGCUUGGGAUUCUCCUUCUCCUUCACCGGCUUCACCGUCCCUCCCGACGAGAUCGCCGAUUCCCGGCCAUUCAGUGACGACGAUAUUCCUGAGGAUAUUGAAGCCGGAGGCACGCGCAAGAAGAGAAUUCAAGCAGAGCCCACCUUGCCGAUCUAUCUCAAGCAGUUCACAAACGUGUCCUACAAGGUGAUUGUCAAAGGAAUGACAUCGACGGUCGAGAAGGAUAUCUUGAAUGGGAUCACUGGUUCAGUAAAUCCCGGCGAGGUUUUGGCUCUGAUGGGGCCCUCCGGCAGCGGCAAGACGACCCUUCUUAGUCUGCUCGCCGGCCGGUUAAGCGAGUCAGCCUCCGGCGGGUCAAUUACAUACAAUGACCAGCCAUACUCAAAGUUCCUAAAGAGCAGGAUAGGGUUUGUGACGCAGGACGACGUUCUGUUUCCUCACCUUACCGUGAAGGAAACAUUGACGUACGCAGCUCUAUUGCGAUUGCCCAUGUCGUUGUCGAAGCAGGAGAAGGAGAAACGAGCCCUUGAUGUAAUCUAUGAGCUCGGAUUGGAGAGGUGCCAAGACACCAUGAUUGGGGGCUCCUUUGUUCGAGGAGUUUCAGGGGGAGAAAGGAAGCGCGUUUGCAUUGGCAACGAGAUUUUGAUUAACCCUUCCGUUCUGUUUCUCGAUGAACCCACUUCUGGCCUGGAUUCCACAAUUGCUCUGAGGAUCAUUGAGAUCUUACAAGACAUUGCUGAGGCUGGGAAAACAGUGAUCACCACAAUCCACCAGCCAUCAAGCAGACUCUUUCACAAGUUCGAUAAGUUGAUCCUUCUUGGGAAAGGGAGCUUGCUUUACUUCGGCAAGGCAUCCGAGGCAACGGUUUACUUCUCAUCUAUAGGAUGUUCACCUCUGAUCGCCAUGAACCCAGCCGAGUUCUUGCUAGACCUUGCCAAUGGAAACAUAAACGAUGUCUCCAUCCCAUCAGAAUUGGAGGACAAAGUUCAAAUGGGAAACUCUGAGAGAGAACCAGCAAAUGGAAAGCCCUCUCCCGCAGUUGUUCACGAGUACCUUGUCGAGGCCUAUGAGACGCGAGUAGCAGACAACGAGAAGAAGAAACACAUGAUCCCGCUUCCAAUAGAUGAAGAGCUGAAGCUGAAGGUGCACGCUUCAAAGCGCGAAUGGGGAGCGAGCUGGUUGCAGCAGUUCUCGAUCCUGUUCUGCAGAGGGCUCAAAGAACGCCGACACGACUAUUUUAGCUGGCUGAGAAUUACCCAAGUUCUUGCUACUGCAACCAUUUUGGGGCUGCUCUGGUGGCAAUCCAAUGGUGAUAGUCUCAAAGACCUGCGAGAUCAGGCAGGGCUGCUCUUCUUUAUCGGCGUGUUUUGGGGAUUCUUUCCAGUCUUCACAGCCAUCUUCACGUUUCCUCAGGAAAGGGCAAUGCUGAACAAGGAAAGAGCGGCCGAUAUGUACAGAUUAAGCGCGUAUUUCAUUGCUAGAACUGCAACCGACCUCCCACUCGACCUCAUACUGCCGGUUCUUUUCCUUCUUGUUGUCUAUUUCAUGGCCGGCCUGAGAAAGAGCGCCGGUCCAUUCUUCCUAACCAUGGUUACAGUGUUCCUCUGCAUCAUAGCAGCUCAGGGACUUGGACUAGCCAUUGGGGCUACCCUAAUGGACUUGAAGAGGGCAACAACUUUGGCCUCUGUAACAGUGAUGACAUUCAUGUUGGCUGGUGGAUACUUUGUAAAGGAAGUUCCGGUUUUCAUAUCAUGGCUGCGCUGCCUGUCCUUCAACUACCACACCUACAAACUUCUCGUAAAGGUGCAGUACCAACACAUCACCCACGCAAUCGGUGGGAUGAAGAUAGACAGUGGUUCAAGGGAAGUGACGGCGCUGUUGGCCAUGGCCAUCGGGUAUCGCCUGCUCGCCUACCUGUCAUUGCGCCGAAUGAAGCUCAAGGCGUGAGCUUAACAGAGCUGUUUCCAUUCCAUAGUUCAAAAAGCUAUCUUUCUGAGACUGGGCCAGAAAAUGGGGCUUCCACCAGAAACAGUGACCCAGAAAUGGAGUGUGAAGACACUGAGGGAGGCUUGUGAAGAAUCAUUGGCGGAUGGUUUCUGGGUAAAUUUCAAACUCAUGUGGACUGGUGGUUUCUGGAUGUUAAUGGGAUCCUUUUGUGCAUCAGAAUCAUUGAUUUGACCAAACAAAUUUAAGGAAAAGGUGUUCAUUUUGAAGGGGGAUGUGUAACAGUUUCUAUUGCUAGGAAAGUUCAAUGUUCUUACAGUCUUAAUUGGAAAUGAAAUUAGAGUUUUAUAUAA